UCUCUCCUCUCACCCCCUUUCUGUCCAACUUUCUGGAGAAAGAAAGGACAGAGCAUGAUUGAUUGUGUUCUGGGCUGGUAGUUUUCAGACACAGUCUGCUGCAGUGCUUAAAACUCACAGCCAUGGAUCGUCUGCUUCGGCGUUCUUGGCUUUGCACUCUGUUGUUAUGGGGCUGCAUUUGUUUUCCUCCACAGGAAGGUUACAAUAUUGCACAUGGCUAUUAUCUCAAUGAGAACCCACAGACCUCAAACCAGUUUCCCUCUGGAGCACUUUUAAACACAAACUCGGAGGAUAAAACACAGGUUGUAGGGGACCAGAGCUUUGUGUCCCUUCAGAGAGAACCAGUCCAUCAUGAAACUGGAGAGGAUGUGAGCUCAAUUACCAGCCUUGGUGAAAAGAUGGCGCAACACCAACCAGUCUCCGGACAGGAGGAUCAAUUUUUAGAGGCUCCUGCUGUGCAGAAAUACGGAAAUUUGAGUUCUGGUUAUCAACAUCCCUUUGGCGUUUUAGUGAAGGAGCAUGCACCAAAGAACACCGUGGAGGGCAUCAGUUUCCCAACAAUCACAGAUUUCAGACGGUUCAUAGAGACUAUGAAGAGCUCCUUCUUAACACCAGGAAGUGACUUGAGUAGACAUUUUCAAACUGCUCGGGAAACAAUGAAGAAUCAGUUUACUUCUGGUGCUCAAAAUAUUAAUGGAGAGUCUUCUAUGUCUAACUCUGUGAAAGAAGGAUCUGCCCAUGAUGACGACAGUAAAAAUGAAGUCUGGAGUGAAACAGACGCCAACUACCAAAAACCAAGUGAGAGCCUCUCUUUCCUUGACCCUGUUGACUCCACUGGAAGUGUAAUUUCUCCCAGUCGUUUUGACAACCAAGACUCUUCCAUCUACUCACGCCAGAAUUUAGCAGCCACAGAACAUGUUUCAAAUAAUUAUGGAAGGUUGACCAAUUAUGGCGAGGAAAACCAUGAUAUUCUAACAAGAGCUCCUGAUGUGCAAAAUGAAAAUGCUCAAUCAAAAAGCUACGAACCCCCUGAACAAAACCAUCCAGGCUCCAUCUAUGGAGAGUAUUAUUCUCCCCCUGUCAGUCCCCCGAACAGCCCAUUUCAAGAUCAGAGCUACUAUUCAAUUAAGAAAUCCAGGAUAAAGUCUCUAACCUCUGAUGAAAAUAUCCAUCAACCAAAAUAUUCAUUUCAGAGUGGAGUUUCUUUAACAGGGUAUCAACAGCCAUCAGCCGGCUUUGAACUGGGUAAUGAUUUCCAAAGAGAGGAGUUGCACAGAGAGACUGAAUCUGAACUCCGGUCUCUACAAAAGCCUUUGAAUUCCUAUGGUAAAAGUAUUUAUGUUACUGCACCAAGGGUCCAAUUCUACAUCCCAGAUAAUAUAUCCAAACACAAAAGACCAGACCAAUCGGUUCAUACAUAUCAACCCACUGUUGACAAGGAUAUAAACUCUGAUCCCUCCGAUCACCUGCCUGUAUCCACUGGUCCUGCUUCCUCAAGCUCUGACCUUUCACCCCAGAGUAGCAGCAGCAGCCACAUGAGUGUUGAGGCAAGUAGCUCACAUGACCCCCGACAUCAAGAGUUUAACAGAAAACCAAUAAGAUCCAACCUGUUUAUCAUGAAACCUUCCAGCUCUUCUCAUGACUCGAGCAGACAUGAUGGCCAUCUUGGAAACCAGAGAGUCGAUGUUUCUCGUCCAUCCACCCUCACUGCUCAGGCAGAAGAUGAGGAGAAAUCUGACCUGUCCAAGCAGAAUCUAGGGUUUGCCAUUCAGGAACCAAAACAGAUGAACGACUAUUCCCUCAUUCCACCUUCUCCUGGCUUAGAUUCAACCCAGAGCGCAAUCUCAUCUCCGUUCAGUGAUGAUAAUGCAAGUUUUGACUAUCCAACUAACUUGCCCUCAACCUCGGAACCAAAAAAGGCCUCUUCAAGAUUACUUGGCAAUGAAGUCAUGUCCAAGACCUUUGAAAUCAAGAAUAUGAUUUCUGAUAGGUUUCCACACAGUGCAAGAAAGCUUCAGGACUUGUUUCCUACCAAACAAAAGCAAGGCAUUACUCUAAAUGCUGGAUCUUUGGGUUCUACCAGAGCUGGCCUUCUACAUACGUUUGCACAAUCAACCAAAGUACAGAGGCGUCCAGCCAGUGGGAAUAGAGAUUUCUACCGCCCCCAUAAACCGCUGUCCACAUCCAAAUUGUCAGGCUCUACUCUUAAUGGUGUGUUUUGGAGAGAGGGUAGCAACACAAAAAGGCUUCCUCCUCAAACAGGCCCCAAGACAUCACCACCAUUUGUAAGCGCAUAUGUUACGCAGUCCAGAAACGGCUAUGCAAGGCACAAAGUAUUUCUAUCAAAGACCAGUUAUACACCAUAUCGACACUUUGAAGGCAAGGCUGCUAAAGACCAAUGGAAGCCGGACCCAAGACGAUCAGAAGCCCCACUCUUUGAAAUGGGGAAGGAUCAACACUUGAGAAAGAUAAGAUGGUCAAAUCACUGACUGGCAGCAAGUCCUUUUGUAAAUAUGGGAGUAAAAGAAAAGUUGGGAAAGUGAGCCACCAUGUGUUUGUCUCAAGAGGAGUCACGGGGAGGAGGAGGUCUACCUACCUGUCCACAUCCUGAAGAUUGUCAUUUCCCUGGAAGGCCAAAAUAGUGUUUUGCAAAAACAGUAUUGGGUCAUUGGGACAUGCCAGACAUGCAGCUGACAGCAGGGCCUGUUGACAAACACAAUGACAUAAAGAUAAUGGCUUUUCGUGUUAAAGAAAAAUAAUUAUUCAAGUGGUGAUAGUAGUCGGCAGUCACAGAAAGUGAAUGAAGUAGCGAGGAGCUGACCUGUGGUAUCUGUAACUUUACUGUACACACUGUUUCUGAAUAAAAUA